UAACCAUUCAAAUACAUUGUAAAUGUUUAGUGUUUAUAUACACCAAGCAUUCUUACUUUGCCAUUAAUGUCAAUGAUCAAAACUUGAAAAAUGAGCAAAAAAACUCAAAUUCUCCUGCUUCAAGUCUCUCUUGUGUUACUUUUCUUUUCAGGAUUUCAUGGAUCUCUAUGCACUAUAGAUAGUGAUAUUCUGGACCCUUACAUAUUAAGUAGAAGCAAUAAUGAUGCCUCUCCAAACAGCUCUCCUAGCAUUGCUCCGGAAGAUAUGUUUCUUUUGCAAGCACCUUCACCAUUGAUGCCAUAUACCUACACUGGUGUACCAAAGUUAUCAGGACAUUGUGCAUUCAAUUUUUCUGCUGCAGAUAGUAUUUUGAGAACAACAUCAACAGAUUGCUGGUCUUCGCUUGCUCCAUAUCUCGCCAAUGUGGUAUGUUGCCCUCAAUUUGAUGCCAGCCUAGCGGUUCUUGUAGGGCAGGCUAGUAGUCAGUCACAAAGUCUUGCGCUGAAUCUGACUCAUGCUAGGCACUGCCUUUCUGAUGUUGAACAAAUUCUAAAAAGUCAAGGUGCCAGCGAGAAACUUCUUGAGAUUUGUUCCGUGGAUCCAUCCAAUCUUACAGAAUCCUCUUGUCCUGUUAUAGAUGUUAAUGAAGUUGGAAACAGUUUAAAUGCAUCGUCUUUGCUGGCUUCUUGUGAAAAAAUAGAUCCAACUAUUGAGUGCUGUAACCAAGUUUGUCAGAAUGCUAUAUCUGCUGCAGCAGAAGUUUUAGCUUUUAGUGGUGCCCCUGUCUUGCUAGAGAAAUCAACUGUCAUAAGUGACUGUAAGAGCAUUAUAGUACGAUGGAUGGCCAGCAAGUACGAUCCUUCUUCAGCUAAUAGAAUCAUCAGAGUGCUUUCAAGCUGCGAUAUAAACAAAUCAUGUCCAUUGGUGUUUCCGGACUUGAAGAACAUUUCCAAAGAAUGUGGAGAAGUAGCAAGUAAUCCAACAUCCUGCUGCAAUGCAAUGAAUAGUUACUUGUCGCGCUUGCAACAGCAGAGCUUCGUCACAAAUCUCCAAGCUUUUAAUUGUGCUACAUUGCUUGGCAAGAAGUUGCAAGAAGCAAAUAUCACUAGUAAUAUUUUUGACCUUUGCCAUGUAAACCUCAAGGAUUUUUCUCUUCAAGUGGAUGAAAAAGAAUCUGGAUGCCUCUUGCCUAGCUUGCCUACAGAUUUAACAUAUGACCAGAACUCGGGGAUUGGGUUCAUUUGUGAUCUUAAUGACAAUGUGGCAGCUCCUUGGUCCUCAGCAUAUUCUGGUGCUUCUUCUACCUGCAACAAGAAUGCUGCACUUCCAGAACUUCCCAAAGCAACAUCCUCUCAGCUCAGUAAAGGAAUCAACAUGAAAGAUAUGGUGUAUGCCUUGCUUUUUGCUUCAACAGUGGUCAUUCAGUUGCUCAUUUAAGUUAUCUGGAUCACUUGAAUUUUCAUCAAAGCAAUAUGAUAUACAGGAGUAACAUAGACGACAACAUUUGUAUGCCCCUAAAGAAAGUGUUAGCACAAUAGCUUAUAUUUACAGCUUUUACAACAUCAUUUCUCUAUCAUUCAGCAUUCUGUAUUUUUCUUUCGUUUGUUGCACAAAAAUUUGUAUAUAGGAUCUUUUGAUUGACGAUUAUUGUAUGUACGUGGUUUAUUUAGAGUUUAUAUGCUUAUUUUAA